UCCAACCCGCCCUCCAUCAUCCCGGUGUGGUACCCAGAAGUUCACUUCUGGUUCUGUGUGAAGAGCCGGGGGAAGCAUGAUGUGCUUAAAGAUCCUGGGACUAAGCCUGGUGGUCCUGGCUGGGUGGGCGCUCAGCCCGGCCAGCUCCACGCCGGGCUGGCCACACAAGCGGUCCCUGGCUCAGAGGGGACGCCUGAAUGAGGUGCCGUCGGAAGGAGAGCGCUGCUUGCUGGGGACCAAGGUCCGAAGACCCAGAGCUUCUCCCCAGCAUCACCUGUUUGGGGUCUACCCCAGCAGUCCUGGCAGCUCUCUGAGGCCCUAUCCUGUGGGAGAUCCGGGUGCCCACUACACAGGACGCAGGUUGCCCACCACCCAGGAGAUGGCUGUGAGCAGGGUUGGCCCAGCCCCGACCUCGAGAGCAGCCGUGAGGAGUGAGGCUGAGCAGCCAGCUGCCCUGCAGGUAGGGGACGGUCCCGUCCGGCAGCCGGAGCUGCUGGGAGACGAUGAUGCUCAUCCUCAUGGUCAAGGACCCAAGGAAUCUCUAGGUGAGGCUGGGACUCGGGGACGCUCAGCCACGGCUGCCACCAUGACCGCCGCCUUCACACGCCAGAGGGCACCCAAACCAGAGACCCAAAGGCAGGGUCUGGCCAAGGCCAGGCGACGUCGCCAGGUGGCGAGAGGGCAGGCAGAGGGCCUGCGCGAAGACCUCGGCGUCUCUCCCCAGCAUUUCCAGCCUCGGCCUACGCCUCCCCGGAAAAAUGGGGUCAGAACAAGUCCUUUGGAGGACAGUGUCCAGAGUGGCAAAGGGGGCCCCCACCGGGAAGCAGACACCUCGAAUGCCCACGGAGGGGGCCUGCCCGUCUUGUACUUCUCGGGGAGGCGGGAGAGGCUGCUGCUGCGUCCGGAAGUGCUGGCCGAGAUUCCCCGGGAGGCGUUCACAGUGGAAGCCUGGGUGAAGCCGGAGGGAGGUCAGAGCAACCCAGCCAUCAUCGCAGGUUUGUUUGACAACUGCUCCCACACCGUCAGUGACAAGGGCUGGGCCCUGGGGAUCCGCUCAGGGAAGGACAUGGGAAGGCAAGAUGCUCGCUUCUUCUUCUCCCUUCGCACCGACCGCGUGAAGAGGGCCACCAUCGUGACUGGCCACAGUCGCUACCAGCCAGGCACGUGGACGCACGUGGCAGCCACUUACGAUGGACAGCGGAUGACCCUGUAUGUGGAUGGCACUCAGGUGGCUAGCAGUCGAGACCAGUCUGGUCCCCUGAACAGCCCAUUCAUGGCAUCUUGCCGUUCUUUGCUCCUAGCGGGGGAUGGCUCUGAAAAUGGGCAUCAUUUCCGUGGACACUUAGGCACACUGGUCUUCUGGUCAACGGCCCUCUCACAAAGCCACCUCCAGCACAGUCCUCAGCAUCCAAGCGGGGUGGAUGAGUUGACCACCCUGGUGCUGACCGCCACUUUUGAGCCCCUGGAAGAGCAGUGGGUCCCUUUUAGAGAUGACACGUACCCACGGCUUGAGGUUCUCCAGGGCUUCGAGCCCGAGCCCGAGACUCUGUCACCUCUGCAGCCCCCACUUUGUGGGCAGACGGCGUGUGACAACGUGGAGCUGAUCUCCCAGUACAACAGGCAUUGGCCCCUACGAGGAGAGAAGGUGAUCCGCUACCAGGUGGUGAACAUCUGUGACGACGAGGGCCUGAACCCCACCGUGAAUGAGGAGCAGAUCCGCCGGCAGCACCAGGCGCUCCAUGAAGCCUUCGGCCGCUACAACAUCACCUGGCAGCUGAGCGUCCACCGGGUCCACAACUCCACCCUGCGCCACCGCGUCAUGCUCGUCAACUGUGAGCCCAGCAAGAUCGGCAAUGACCACUGCGACCCCGAGUGCGAGCACCCACUCACGGGCUACGACGGGGGUGACUGCCGCCUGCAGGGCCGGUGCUACUCCUGGAACCGCCGGGAUGGGCUCUGCCACGCGGAGUGCAACAACAUGCUGAACGACUUCGACGACGGGGACUGCUGCGACCCCGCGGUGACAGACGUGCUCAAGACCUGCUUUGACCCCGACUCGCCCAAGAGGACCUACAUGAGUGUGAAGGAGCUGAAGCAGGCCCUGCGGCUCAACAGCACACACUUCCUCAACGUCUACUUCGCUAGCUCAGUGAGGGACGACCUUGCAGGUGCUGCCACCUGGCCUUGGGACAAGGACGCCGUCAGCCACCUGGGUGGCGUUGUCCUGAACCCGGCCUAUUAUGGGAUGCCCGGCCACACCAACAUCAUGGUGCACGAGGUGGGGCACGUCCUGGGGCUCUACCACGUCUUCAAAGGGGUCAGCGAGAGAGAAUCCUGCGAUGACCCCUGCCGGGAGACCGUGCCCUCCAUGGACACUGGGGACCUCUGUGCCGAUACGGCCCCCACCCCCAAGAGUAAGCUGUGCCGGGACCCGGAGCCUACCAAUGACACCUGUGGCCCCACCCACUUUCCAGGGGCUCCGUUCAGCAACUACAUGAGCUAUACGGACGACAACUGCACUGACAGCUUCACCCCUAACCAGGUGGCCCGCAUGCACUGCUACUUGGACCUUGUGUACCAACAGUGGAGUGACAGCCGGAAGCCCACCCCUAUUCCCAUCCCUCCGGUGGUCAUCGGGCAGACCACCCAGUCCCUCACCAUCCACUGGCUGCCUCCGAUCAGUGGGGUGGUGUACGACAGGGCGCCGGGCAGCGUGUGCGGCGGCUGCGCAGAAGACGGGGCGUUCCGGCAGUACGUGCAUUCGGCGUCCUCCCGGCGCGUGUGCGACUCCUCGGGCUACUGGACGCCGGAGGAGGCCGUGGGGCCUCCAGAUGUGGACCAGCCCUGCGAGCCGAGCCUGCAGGCCUGGAGUCCGGAGCUGCACCUGUACCACAUGAACAUGACCGUCCCCUGCCCUGCAGAAGGCUGCAGCCUGGAGCUGCUCUUCCAGCACCCGGUCCACGCCGACACCCUGACUCUGUGGGUCACCUACCUCUCCACGGACCCCUCCCAGGCACUCUUCGACACGGAGAUCUUACUGGAGCACCAGGAGUCUGUGCACCUGGGCCCCUUGGACACUCUCUGUGACACCCCACUCACCAUCAAACUGCACCUUGACGGGAAGGUCGUGGGGGUGAGGGUCUACACCUUCGAUGAGCGGAUGGAGAUCGAUGCAGCGCUCCUGACCUCCCGGCCCCGCAGUCCCCUGUGCGCGAGCUGCAGUCCUGUGCGGUACCAGGUUCUCCGUGAGCCCCCAUUUGCCAGCGGCUUGCCCGUGGUGGUGGCACAUCCUUACCGCAAGUUCACGGACCUGGAGGUCACACCUGGGCAGCUGUAUCAGUACCAAGUUCAAGCUAUGGCUGGAGCCGAGCUGGGAGAAGCCUCACCCCCUCUGAGCCACGUCCACGGAGCUCCUUACUGUGGAGAUGGGAAGGUGGCAGGGCACCUGGGAGAGGAGUGUGACGACGGAGACCUGCUGAGUGGGGACGGCUGCUCGCGUACCUGCAGCCUAGAGGAAGGCUUCCGCUGCACGGGGGAGCCGAGCCUGUGCUACGCAUUUGAGGGAGACGGGGUAUGUGAGCCGUUCGAGAUGGAAACCAGCCUCGUGGACUGCGGCCUCUACACUCCCCACGGCUACCUGGACCAGUGGGCUACCCAGGCUUACUCCGCUCAUGAAGACAAGACCAAAUGUCCUGUUUCCUUGGUAACGGGAGAACCUCAUUCCAUGGUGUGCACGUCAUACCACCCAGGUUUACCAGAGCGCCGCCCUCCUGCCGGCUGGUUUCCCUGUGCACCCCGAGAAAACCGAUCUCGGGACGAAGGCGGCGAGCGGCCAGAAGGCAGCCUGGAGAGCGAGGACGAAGCCUGGCUCAAAGUGUGUUUCGAGAGACCCGGAGUGGCGACGGCGAUUUUUAUCUUCUUGGCUUCUGAUGGCCCCGUGCCUGGCAAACGUCCGCGGCCUGCAGUGACCCUUCACCUGACCGACGUCAGUGGAAACAACCACUCUCUCGGGACCUACGAGCUGGCAUGCCGGCGCAACCCUCUGGUGGUCAACGUGAGCCAGCACCCGGAUGUCCCCCUGUACCUCACCGCCUCCGCGCUGCUGAACUUCUCCUCCCCCUGGGUGGGCGUCUCUGCGGUGGCACUGAGGACGUCCUCCCACGUCGGGCCUUCGGUUCCCGACGACGGCGUCCCAGAGCGCGAGGGGCAGAAUCCUCAGGGACAGAGCUGUGUCCACCAGCCCUGCGGGGAGCAGGGUGGUUGUGCACCCCUGCUGCUUGAUCACACAGACUUGGUGAACUGUACUUCUGGGGGCCCAGGUCACAUGGAGUGCUCCGUCACCUGUCAAAGGGGGUUCGCCCUUCAGGCCAGCAGUGGGAAGUACCUGAGGCCCGUGCAGCGGGAGACCCUGCUCACGUGCUCCUCGGGGCACUGGGACCGGGCCGUGCACUGUGCGCCCCUCGACUGUGGCAUCCCCGACCCGUCCCUGGUGAACUACGCGACCUUCUCCUGCUCCGAGGGAACGACCUUCCUCAAACGCUGCUCCGCCUCCUGCGUCCCUCCGGCCAAGCUUCAAGGACUGAGCCCGUGGCUGACCUGCCUGGAGGACGGGCUCUGGUCUCUCCCCGAAGCCUACUGCAAGCUGGAGUGUGACGUGCCACCUGUCAUCCCGAAUGCCAACCUGCUCCUGCCGCGCUGCCUCCGGGGCCGCCAUGACGUGGGCUCCACCUGCAGAUACGAGUGCAGACCCGGCUUCUACGUGGUGGGAGGCGCGGAGAGGCAAGCCGGGACCAAGUUCCUGAAGAUCCAGUGCCUGGAGGAUGGGACCUGGGAGCGAGGCAGCUGCGUCCCAGUGGUGUGCGAGCCCCCUUCUCCCGUCUUCGAAGGCAUGUACGAAUGUACCAAUGGCUUCGAGCUCGGCAGCCAGUGUGUGCUCAAGUGCAACCAGGAGAGUGAAAGGCUUCCCAUCCUGUGCACGAAGGAGGGACGGUGGACCGAGGAGUUCAAGUUGUGUGAGCAGCUGCAAGGGGAGUGCCCCCCACCCCCCUCGGAGCAGAAUUCCGUGGAGUACAAGUGCGAACAGGGAUACGCCAUCGGUGCCCUGUGCUCCGCAUCGUGCAUCGUGCCCCCGAGCGACCCCGUGGUGCUGCCCGAGAAUGUCACUGCCGACACCCUGGAGCACUGGAUGGAGCCCGUCAAAGUCCAGAGCAUCGUGUGCACUGGGCGGCGUCAGUGGCACCCCGACCCCGUCCUGGUCCACUGCAUCCAGUCGUGCGAGCCUUUCCAAGCAGACGGCUGGUGUGACACCAUCAACAACCGGGCCUACUGCCACUACGACGGGGGCGACUGCUGCCCCUCCACCCUCUCCUCCAGGAAGGUCAUUCCCUUCGCGGCCGACUGUGACUCGGAUGAAUGCACCUGCCGGGACCCCAAGGCAGAAGAGAACCAGUGACUGGGGCCCGAGCCCCCCUCCCACGGCCCUGGACACAGGAGGAACAGGAGGUCCCCACACAGGGAAGCCGGAGGUGCAGGUGAAGGAAGUUGGUGACAGGAAGGAGGAGCGUGUAAAGACACAGGAGGAUGUUUGUAGGUGCCCACCUGUCAUGUCCGGUAGCUCAAGGAAGGACGAAUCGUAGGCAGAGGUUUCUUCAAAGAGGCAGGUGACUGAAAGCGGCGGGAGAAACCUGGUAGGUGUACAAGGACCCUCCUUCCCCAUUUGUAUUCUCUCCACCUCCCUCCUCAACUCCUGCCUACGCCCCGCGAGGCACCGCCCACUCUCCAGCCCACCCACCUUGCACCGAAACCCUGGGGACACUCGGCCUGGGACGCUCCUCACGCCCAGUGGGAAGGGACUGCCACCGUCCGGGACCCGUCUGCUCCGAACUGGCCCUCUCCCUGUCUUUCAUGUAGUC